CAAUCCAAUCCCAGGGCAGCAAAGACUCCCCUGUCUGCCAAAUUUCCCCCACCUCACCUAUUUUCUCCCAUCCAGUCCACUCCACUCCGCUAACUUAUCACCAAACCAAACAUUCGCCCUCGCCUUGUCUCCUCUCUUCCCGCUGUAAAAGCCUUGUCUGGCCUGUCCUUUUUUGUCCUCCUCUUUUCUCGUGGUCCCUCUUCUCUGCUCUUGCAUUGCAUCGACUUCCUCCAUCUCAUACUUGUAAACACUAUCGUCAGCAAACAUGCGUGAGGUCAUUAGCAUCAACGUUGGACAGGCUGGUUGCCAAAUCGCCAACUCCUGCUGGGAGCUUUACUGCCUCGAGCACGGUAUCCAGCCCGAUGGUUACCUCACAGAGGAGCGAAAGUCCCAAGACCCCGAUCAAGGUUUCAGCACUUUCUUCUCCGAGACUGGUCAGGGCAAGUAUGUCCCCCGCGCCAUCUACUGUGAUUUGGAGCCCAAUGUCGUCGACGAGGUCCGCACCGGUGCUUACCGCAACCUUUUCCACCCUGAGAUGAUGAUCACUGGCAAGGAGGAUGCCUCAAACAACUAUGCCCGUGGCCACUACACCGUUGGAAAGGAGCUCAUCGAUGGCGUCCUCGACAAGAUUCGCCGUGUUGCCGACAACUGUGUUGGCCUCCAGGGCUUCCUCGUGUUCCACUCUUUCGGUGGCGGUACUGGUUCUGGUUUCGGUGCUCUCCUGAUGGAGCGUCUGUCGGUCGACUACGGCAAGAAGAGCAAGCUGGAGUUCUGUGUUUAUCCCGCGCCUCAGACUGCCACAUCCGUUGUCGAGCCAUACAACUCCAUCCUUACCACACACACCACCCUUGAGCACUCCGACUGCUCUUUCAUGGUCGACAAUGAGGCCAUUUACGAUAUCUGCCGCCGAAACCUCGGCCUCGAGCGCCCUAACUACGAGAACCUCAACCGCCUCAUUGCUCAGGUCGUCUCUUCUAUCACUGCAUCUUUGCGAUUCGAUGGAUCCCUGAACGUCGACUUGAACGAAUUCCAGACCAACCUGGUCCCUUACCCCAGAAUCCAUUUCCCUCUGGUCGCCUACGCCCCCGUCAUCUCCGCUGCUAAGGCUGCCCACGAAGCCAACUCCGUCCAAGAGAUGACAAUGUCUUGCUUCGAGCCCAACAACCAGAUGGUCAAGUGUGACCCCCGUCACGGCAAGUAUAUGGCUACCUGUUUGCUGUACCGUGGUGACGUCGUUCCCAACGACGCCCAUGCUGCUGUUGCUACACUGAAGACCAAGCGAACUAUCCAGUUCGUCGAUUGGUGCCCCACUGGUUUCAAGCUUGGUAUCUGCUACCAGGCCCCCGAGAAUGUGCCUAACGGUGACCUCGCCAAGGUCAGCCGCGCUGUCUGCAUGCUCUCUAAUACUACCGCCAUCGCCGAGGCAUGGUCUUCACUUUCUCUCAAGUUCGAUCUCAUGCACUCCAAGCGUGCCUUUGUCCACUGGUACGUGGGUGAAGGUAUGGAGGAAGGCGAGUUCUCCGAGGCUCGCGAGGAUCUUGCUGCCCUGGAGCGCGAUUACGAGGAGGUCGCCACCGACUCCAUGGGUGAGGAGGAGCUCGAGGCUGAGUACUAAGCGGUUACGGAUGCGAUUACUGGAAUACCGACUUCUACCCAGUUUUAGCCUGUCAACGAUAAAGAGGUGUAUUUUCUUAUUUUCACAAAGGUCAAGCCAAAACGAAUUUUAAUGUCAAAAAGGACCAAAAUCUGUACAUGGUUUGGCUGCCUCUCUGCAGCUUCCAUGUCUGAGCCGUCGGCAUUAUGUGAGGCAGCACUGUAGUUGCGAGUAUUGUAGUUGUAAUAAUGCAAGAUACCUCUCCUUACAACAAAAUUAUCCGCCAG